GUGAGCCACACGGGUUCGCUUACUCAUCACCCGCCACACUUGCCCCGCCAACGUGGCGCCCCCACAUGAAGUCAUCGCAACCAACUUCCACCAGCCCACCACCAGCUCUCAAGCUCCUACAGGUCGAAAGCUUACGAGCUGGCGCAACGCAGCCAUGGCGACCAACAUACUCGCCCUGCCCUUCCGCAAGUCCACACAGAUCUCUCUCGCCUCCACGAUCCGCCAAUACAUCAACACCAAAUAUGACCAGCACCCGGACAUGUUCAAGCAGGACCUCGAGGUCAUCGAUGCCCUGCGCAGAGACGCCGUCAAUGUGCGAGAGCCGCAUCCGAGCGGCAUCAAGAAGCUCCAGACCUACGCCGCCCAACUCGUCUGGGUCGGCGGCAAGUUUCCCAUCGACAUUGGAGCCGACUUCUCCUGGUAUCCUGCGCUUGGAUACAAUACCGAACGGCCGAUGGUACGCAAUAACCUCAAGUACGAGCUCAUGAACAUCCUCUACAACCUCGCCGCCCUCUACUCCCAGCUCGCCCUCAACACGCCGCGCGGAAACACCGAUGGCCUUAAGGCUUCCGCCAACUACUUUUCCAUGGCUGCCGGUGUUCUGUCGCACAUGAAGACUGCCGUGCUCCCCGAACUACGCAUGUCCGACCCGCCCGACGACAUGGAUAACGACACCCUCGAAUCCCUCAUCCAGCUGCUGCUCGCUCAGAGUCAGGAGUGCUUCUGGCAAAAGGCCGUUAUGGACGGAUACAAAGACGCAUCCAUCGCAAAGCUGGCGGCACGCGUGUCCGACCUCUACAACCUCGCUGGCGAGGCUGCUGUCAAGAGUGAAGCCAUCAGUAGUGCCUGGAUCCACCACAUGAGCGCCAAGCACCACCACUUUGCGGCUGCUGCUCAAUAUCGGGCGGCAUGCGACUGUCUGGAGAAGCGAAAAUACGGCGAGGAGGUUGCGCGACUCGCGGACGCUGUUGCAUGUGUGUCUGAGGGUAUCAAGGAGGCACGGAAUGGAUCCGUGAACAGGACGGUGGCUGAGGAUCUCGAUGGGCUCAAGCGCAAGGUCGAGGCUGAUCUCAAGAGGGCCGAAAAGGACAAUGAUAUGAUCUAUCUUAAUCCCGUCCCACCCAAGUCGGAGCUCAAGAUCCUCGAUCGAGCUAACUUGGCCGUGGCAAGAGUCCCGCCCCAGGUUGCCAACCCCUACGAAUACUUGGGCGACCGUGCAGAGUUUGGUCCAGCCAUCUUUUCACGCCUUGUACCCUUCUCAGUGCAUGUCGCAACCUCCAUCUACGAGGAGCGGAGAGAUCGCAUGGUCAGCCAGAACAUUAUCCAGGAGCUGGAGAAUCUCACGGACAAGAUUCACGAGCUGUUAACAUCCCUCGGCCUCCCGGGGUCACUACAGGCACUCGAAAAGCCUCUCGGUCUACCCCCAAGCCUAGUACAACACGCAGAGGAGAUUCGCCAAGCAGAUGCGAUCGGCCGGGUGCAGAGGAGCUUUGCGGAUAUCGACAAGCUGCGAUCAGCAGACAUGGCUGUCUUUGAAGAAGGCAAGGCGACCCUGGCGUCGGAGGAGGAGGAAGACCAGCGACUACGGAUGAGAUUCGGCACAGAACGGUGGGCUCGACCAGAGAGUCGGCAAGAAGCCGACGGUUCCAAACUGUGGAAGCACGCCUCUGAAAUUGACGGGUACUUUGCGAGCAGCAUCAGUAGCGAUUCCGUCGUCAGAGAAAAGUUUGGCGGUAUCCAGGAUUUGCUCAGCAUCCUCUCAGGUACCGAUCGAGGUCUGAUGGAUCAUGUGCCGUCCAGCCGCCGGGUUGACAUGCCUGAGUCACUCAAGCCUGUUAUCGGUCGGUUACGAGGCGCCUACAAUGAUGUACUGCGUCUCGAGAGCCGUCGUCGGAAGAAGGUAGAGAACCUCCGAGAGAAUGCUCGCCGCGACGACAUCAAACCCGAUAUUCUAAAGGAGGCAGCCCGGCUCGAGCGGACGUAUCCGGCCACAGCGCUGGUUCCAGCGCAUUUCGAAGACUUCUUCGAGAAACGCCUUGACGAGCUGUACGAGCCCGAGCUUGACCUCAUUGACAAGGAAGCUCAGGACCAGGAGCGUAUCCUGGCCGACGUCCAGCGCAUCAACCGGGAAUUCGAGUCGCAAAAGCGCCAGAUGGGCGACCGCGGCAACAGAGAGCGCGAGCUGGCCCUUCAGCGGUUAGACAAUGCCUACUUUAAGUACAAGGAGAUUGUGAAUAACCUCGAGGUGGGCCGUAAGUUCUACAACGACCUCAACAAAAUCGUCGGCCAGGGAUUCCGCGACGUGGUGCGAGGUUGGGUUGCACAGCGUCGGAUGGAAGCAAGGGCCUUGGAAGAGGAAAUUAGCAUGCCACCACUGGCGAACCUGAGCCUGUCGCACAAAGCCACUCCGGCGCAGAGCCCAGCGCCUCAAGAACGCAGCGGGUACGCAAACCAACCAAUGCCUCAACCCCAGCAGGCCGUUCACAGUCCCGAGGCUAGUAUCCAGUCGUGGGCCGACGAGACGAUGCAGCAGCCGCGGCCAGUACAGCCGCAGCAGAACCCUGUUGGCGGUAUGUGGAACCCGGACAUCGGCAUCAAGUUCGGGGGCCCACCCGGGCCGAGUUCCGGAGGUCAGGGACGGGCCCCCGGGACGUGGAAUCCUAACUCGGGGAUUAAGUUUGGAUGAUGCGGUAGAUGCAGUGGGGGAAAUAUCAGGGCUUCCAAAUCGUUUCUCG